GCCACAGAACCGGGCCUUUUAUAAGCCAGGGCAGAAUGCUCGGAUUCAGAAAGCAAGAGCACUGACAGCCAGCACCUGGAGGCCACCAAUACAACAGGUGUACUUCCGUUCCCAGGGCAUGAAGUGAGCUGCGGGGGGCUCGGCGGCUGCGGGGGACGGCAGGAAGUGCCGCGACCUCGGGGGAUCUCUCUGCCGCGGGGUGUCCAGGAGCCAGCCCGGCCCGCCCAUGGCCCCCUACCACAUCAGGCCCUACCAGGACCAGGACUGGGAGGCCGUGAGGCAGUUGUUCUCCGAGGGCAUGCACGGGAACCUGCCCUCCGACUUCCGGGCCCUGCUGAAGAAGCCGCGGGCCCUGCUGGUGCUGCUGGGGGCGCCGCUGGCCCUGCUCUGGGGCUCGGGCUCCCCGCUCCUGGCCCUGCUGGCCUUCGCCGCCGUCCUGGCGGCCCAGUGGCUGACCCUGCGGCACUUCGUCGGGCAGUACGUGAGGAGCUGCUUGCGCGCCGACCUGCUGGACAUCCGGAAGGCCUACCUGCGGGGCCGGGGCUGCGGCUUCUGGGUGGCCGAGGCCGAGCGCCGGGUGGUGGGCACCGUGGGCGUGCGCCUGGCCCGGGAGCCGGUGGGCGCAGGGAGCUACCUGGAACUGUUCCGCCUGUCGGUGAAGAGCGCGCUCCGAGGCCGCGGGGUGGCCAGGGCCCUGGUGCAGACCGUGCUGCGCUUCGCCCGCGACCAGGGCUUUGACGGCGUGGUCCUGGAGACCAGCAGCGCCAACCGGCCCGCGCGGCGGCUUUACGAGAGCGCCGGCUUCCGGAAGUCCCGCGAGACCCGGUACUUCUUGGCCUGGUGGUUCGGCUUCUUCACAACCUGCCAUUUCCAGUGCGAUUUUUCCUCCCCCUCGUGACCCCCCGUGCCCCGCCCCCUCGCAGCCCUCGGGGGGCUCGCGGACGGGUCCGCACAGCGCGUCCCGCCAUUAAAGGCUGCCGACUUCCCUCACCCCGCUGGUGGUUUCCUUGUCGCCAAAAGCCUUUGCCCCGAAUCCCUUUGGACUGAGGAACAUCGCAGAGAAGGCAGUUCUUAGUAAAACCUGUAUUUUAAAUGUUCCAGUGGAGAAGAGUGAGGGUUUCCCUGGCCUAGGUGGAGACUACAUGUAUCCCAUCCCGCGUUUCCCCUCCCCCUUCUGAGUGUUUCCUGUCCCAGCAGAACAUUGGGCACCUUUGGCACAGACGGAGGGCUCCGGAAAGGGCCACAGCCGUCCCUCUAGUGCCCGGGUAUUAGAACUUCAACCCAAACGGCUUCUUGUUAAGCUUUUUCUUUUCAGAAUCCAUGCGUGGCUGUUUUCCCACACUGACCCUUGCACAGCUCGCGCUCCGGGCUUUCUCCUCCUGCCCCCUCCCCUAGAAGCAGCUAGACAUGCUAACAUAUAUGUUAAAUAUUUACACAAUUCUCUUGUUGCACAAGAAAAAUCAGAUCAAAAAGUAAAUGAACAAGAAAACAAAAUACAAGCAAACAACAAAAA